GAAAUGAGUAAUAGCCCCAGCCGCGGGACAAGUCAGGCGCUGAGGUUAGAUUUACCGAGCGACGGAGGCUUCCAGUUGAACGUCUGCUCCUACGCCGGCGUGGGUAUCCUUGCCUCAUCCGGAGGGGUAAGAACCGCGUUUCCGGCAGUCUCCUCCCCUUGCCGGGGAGGAAAAUAACGAAGAAGGAUCCUAUGUCUCAGUGGUAUUCCUGAGGGGCGGCAAGAGACAACGGCGGCGGGAGCGUGAAGGUAAAGAAGAAAGAUGCCGUUGGCACAGUUGGCGGACCCCUGGCAGAAAAUGGCUGUGGAGAGUACGGCCGAGAGCGGCAGCAGCGUCGAGAAUGGUCAACAAAUUAUGGAUGAGCCUAUGGGAGAAGAAGAACUAAAUCCACAAACAGAAGAAGGCAAUAUUAAAGAGAUUGCAAUAACAUAUCAUGUCAAAGAAGGGCAUGAAAAAGCAGAUCCUUCACAAUUUGAACUCCUUAAAGUACUAGGCCAGGGAUCUUUUGGAAAGGUAUUUCUUGUGAAAAAAAUCUCAGGACCUGAUGCCAAACAGCUGUAUGCAAUGAAAGUGCUUAAAAAAGCAACAUUGAAAGUUCGUGAUCGUGUUCGGACAAAAAUGGAACGUGACAUCUUAGUAGAAGUUAACCAUCCCUUUAUUGUCAAGUUACAUUAUGCUUUUCAAACAGAAGGGAAGCUAUAUCUUCUUUUAGACUUUCUCAGGGGAGGCGAUUUGUUUACACGCUUAUCCAAAGAGGUCAUGUUCACAGAGGAUGAUGUCAAAUUUUAUUUGGCUGAAUUAGCACUCGCUUUAGACCAUCUGCAUAGUCUUGGGAUAAUAUACAGAGAUCUAAAACCAGAAAACAUACUUCUUGAUGAAGAAGGACAUAUUAAAUUAACAGAUUUUGGCUUAAGCAAAGAAUCUAUUGAUCAUGAGAAAAAGGCAUACUCCUUUUGUGGAACAGUGGAAUACAUGGCCCCAGAAGUAGUUAAUCGGCGAGGUCAUACACAGAGUGCAGACUGGUGGUCAUUUGGUGUGUUAAUGUUUGAAAUGCUCACUGGUACGCUACCUUUCCAAGGGAAAGACAGAAAAGAAACCAUGACUAUGAUUCUCAAAGCCAAACUUGGAAUGCCCCAAUUUUUAAGUCCAGAAGCUCAGAGUCUUCUUCGAAUGCUUUUCAAAAGAAAUCCUGCAAAUAGAUUAGGAGCAGGUCCCGAUGGAGUUGAGGAAAUUAAGAGGCAUCCAUUUUUCAUCGCAAUAGACUGGAAUAAAUUGUACAGAAGAGAAAUUAAUCCACCAUUUAAACCUGCAACUGGUAGACCUGAAGAUACUUUUUAUUUUGAUCCUGAAUUUACAGCAAAAACACCAAAAGAUUCACCUGGUAUUCCCCCAAGUGCUAAUGCUCACCAGCUUUUCCGGGGUUUCAGUUUUGUAGCUAUUGCAUCAGAUGAUGAAAAUCAAGCUAUGCAGACAUCUGGUGGACAUUCAAUUGUUCAGCAGUUGCACAGGAACAGCAUUCAGUUUACUGACGGAUAUGAAGUCAAACAAGAUAUAGGAGUUGGAUCCUAUUCCGUUUGCAAGAGAUGCAUACAUAAAACCACAAAUAUGGAAUAUGCUGUAAAGAUUAUAGACAAGAGUAAAAGAGACCCCACAGAGGAAAUAGAAAUAUUGCUACGAUAUGGACAGCACCCAAAUAUUAUUACUCUCAAAGAUGUAUAUGAUGAUGGAAAAUAUGUAUAUCUGGUAACAGAACUUAUGAAAGGUGGAGAACUGCUGGAUAAAAUCCUUAGGCAAAAAUUUUUUUCUGAAAGAGAAGCUAGUGCUGUCUUAUUGACAAUUACAAAAACUGUUGAAUACCUUCAUGCACAAGGGGUUGUUCAUAGAGAUUUGAAGCCUAGUAAUAUCCUAUAUGUGGAUGAAUCAGGCAAUCCAGAAUCUAUUCGAAUUUGUGAUUUUGGCUUUGCAAAGCAGCUGAGAGCAGAAAAUGGCCUCUUAAUGACACCCUGUUAUACAGCAAAUUUUGUUGCUCCGGAGGUGUUAAAAAGGCAAGGGUAUGAUGUAGCAUGUGACAUAUGGAGUCUUGGUGUCCUUCUGUAUACAAUGUUGACUGGUUAUACUCCCUUUGCAAAUGGCCCUGAUGAUACUCCAGAAGAAAUUUUGGCACGAAUAGGUAGUGGGAAGUUUUCUCUCAGUGGUGGAUACUGGAAUUCUGUCUCAGAAACAGCAAAGGACUUAGUUUCAAAAAUGCUUCACGUUGACCCUCAUCAGAGACUGACUGCUGCUCAAGUUCUAAGACACCCAUGGAUAGUUCACUGUGAUCAGUUGCCUCAGUACCAACUCAACAGGCAAGAUGCUCCACAUCUUGUGAAGGGUGCCAUGGCAGCUACAUAUUCAGCAUUGAAUCGCAAUCAGUCACCAGUUUUGGAGCCAGUGGGUCGCUCUACGCUUGCCCAAAGAAGAGGAGUAAAAAAAAUUACCUCAACUGCUCUCUGAAAUGACCUUGUGUAAAAAACUCGGUACCACAGUGAGUUGAUAGCACAAAUUAUGGCAACAGGUAGCACAUGCCCCAAUUACCUGAAAGCACACUCUUACAGCUGGUACUGUUAUACUGCUGCUCCUGCUUUCAUCUUUUGAAAACUCUUAAAGAUAAAACAUUUUCCUUCAAGUGGAGGAAAAAGUGGAAUCAGUGGAAAAAAACCUAUUAAUGGAAAUAAUUAUGAACACCUCGCUACAAUAGAUACACUGAAGAGAAAGCACUCUGCACCAUAUAGCAUUAUUUUUAUAGGGAAUGUUUUUCCUCCCUUUAAAAUAAUUAUUUGAUACAUGUAAGGAUGGACAGUUUAUGUUAAGCACUUACCUUAAAAUAUGUUUAUAUUAGCACUGUGUAAUUUGUGCCAUCCAGCAUUUUAUAUGUUUUGUAUAUUUUUCCUAACAAUACACUUACGUACUGUUUCCUUGUCUUUAGACUAAUUGAUUUGACAAUUAAAUCUGAUUAAAAUGUUAAUCAGUAUGAUUGGACAUCUCUAAAACAGCUUGACUGUUAAACAGCUAUUGAAUGUAAUUCUGUGAAUGUGUAUUUCCUUGCUUGGAUCUUCCCAUGGACACAUUAGAAAUCUUGGGAAUUGUUAAAGCAUUUAAUGGUAUAAAUGGAAUCUUUUAAUCACAUAUGUGGUUUAUUAUGUAUGGAAGCAAAAAGGGUCUGCAUAUCGUCAAGAUGAGUGUCUUUUUGUGAACCUCAGAAACUAUGGCUAAAUAGUUUAACUUUGGUUCAGCUGAUGUUAAUUGUAAUUGGUUUUUCUUUGUUGCUUAAACAGCAACAGUAUUUAUUGCACAGUGCUGAUCAGCAAAUGGAGAGGGCAGAAAUGUAAUGUUUAAACUGAAAUAAUGCAUUCUCCAAUAAUAAUGAUGUUAGAUCAUUUUUGUGACUAAAAAAUUAACAGCAGGUCUGUUAUACUUGGGCCACUUUCAGUCUAUAGACAAAAGCAGCAUUGAGUACAAAUUGAACAGAAUGUGUCCCAGUGUCUUCAACUGUUUCUAGGGGCUCUGCCUUCAAGGUUUGGUAUGUUUAUAGAUUACAACCUUGAAGAAUGCUGCAUAAUCAGAUGCUAAGAUUGUAAUCAUAAACAUACAUACUAAACAUAAUGGCACUACUUCUGAGGUUGUUUUUAUCAUUUUUAUGGGAACUGGGGAAAACUUUCACCUCUUCAAAUUGUCUUGGGAUUACAUAUGUGAGAUAUCAAACUUUUAUGUAUUGCAAAAUAUAGUAUGCUGAAGAAAUGAAGAAUUUUGGGUGGAUCUUCAGAAUUCUGCCAAAGAAAUUACUCUUUAUACAGUUGUAAUAUUUCUUUAUUGUCUUGCAUUUUGCCGAUAAGUUAGUCUCAAAUCAUUGUGAUAAAUACAAAGCAGGCAAUGAAAUAUAUCUUUUUUUCUAUCAAAUGUCCGUGAUCUCUUUAAUCACUGGGUCCUAUAGUUUCUUUGUCUUCCUUUUAGUUGAUAUUAAUUUGUAGUAUUUUCCAGGGUUUCAUCUCAUCUUUCUGCCGUACAGACUUAUGCAACUGUUUCAGGUUACAACAGUUUUAUUUGUACUGUAAUUUAAAAUCUUUUCACACGCUAGUUCUUAAAUGAGUCUUUGCUUGUAUAGAUGCUGCCAGUUAACCACCAAGAGGCCUUUAUUUCUUACUGUUGGUUAAACGUUGAAGUUUUAAAAUGCUAUUUUCUUCUGUUAUGCUUGAAAAUAUUUGUUAAUUUUGCUACAUGUUGCCUCAAGAUUUAAUUGCAAUGACAGAUCCUAAAUAGGUGAUAUCUAACUAUGACCUAUUUUGUAGUUAUAGAUAGCUUUUCAUGACAGGGUCUAGUAACAUGGGGACUGUUCAUAUGAUUUAGAUUUUCCACAUGAAAUACAUGGGCAUGAGCUGUUUCUUAGAUUUGGAUGGAUGGAAAAAUACGGUUUUAUUUGCUGCAGUUUUCUAAUUUGUCUAUUUUUAAUAUUUUGAACACCAGUAGUUUUCAAUCCUAAUGUGUUUAUUGCAUUUACUUUGCCAUGAUUUCCCUAAAGCAUCUAUGGUGUAAUUCACAACUACAUAAACAUGUUCUGGAGUGCUUUUUAAAUUUUAAAGAAAAUAUAAUGCUGAGUUUUUUCAAAUAGAUACCUUAUUUUGAUGUCUAUAAACAUAUGUACUAAUUGUUUUUGGACAUGGAUUAAAUCUAACAAAGAUACUGAAAUGCUAAAUGUUGUUGCUGAAGUUCCAGAAAUUUCACAAAAUGCUUAUUCCAUUUUGGGAGAAGAUACAAAUCUUUGCUUCUUUCUUAAUAAGUAAAGAGCAGACAUAUAAGACAUAUUUAUAUCUUAAACCUUGGGAAAAUGAAUCCAUUAUUUGUUUUAGUUUGCUGCUCUACUUAUUUUAUUUCACUUUGCCACUGUAUUUUAUUGACUUGCAGGAAAAAUAUUCUAUCUCUGCAUGAACAUUUUUAAUAACCAUGUUCCAAAUGGAGGGAUUUUAUUAGAUGUUUUAAAGAUGCUAUUCACAGUGAACUCAUGCAGUUAGAUUUAUAAUUAACAAUAUAUAGUUAGAAGUUUCUUGUAUAACAUUCUGCAGGAAAUAAAUGCAGUCAUACAUAGGUCUGUAUACAUAUUUACAAAUACGUCUUCUCUACAAAAUAAUUUUGAGCAGUUGGAUUCAAGCAUAUAAUAUUUCAUAUCUAAUCUGUUUAUAGUCCUAGCUUACCAUGAUCUUAAAUGUAAUGGUUAGAGAACAUGAAGGUGAACACAUUGGAAUUUAUCUAUAAAUAAAAAGCAGGUAUUUUUCCAAUUGGGUUGCACUGGAAAUUUUAGAUUCAAUCUUAUCAUAAAAUUUCAUCUAACCUUAAGAAAAAUUAAAUUAAAUAAUUUACUUUCCCUAGACAGACUACCAACAUUUUUACUUUAUAUAAAGCAAUCAUUUAUGCAUAUUAUAUUUAAGAAAAAGAACAGUUCAUUUAAAUAUUGUUAUAUUUACAAUAGCUCAGUCAUAUUUUCCAAGUUACUUAAGAAAAAUAGGUAAUGUAUUUAUUCCAUGUCUUUUUGAAAGAUCAGCUUGAACAUCUGAUAUUUCUUUUUCCAUAUCAAAGUCUAAUCUACAUUGGAUGAUUCUAAACAUUAUUUAACAGCAUAUGAAGUCAAGGAUAUUGUGCAAUAGUUUGCACACUCUCAAUCUUCUUAAUAUUGGUAAGUAUUGUUCAGUUUGCCAUAUUUCUACAGGUACUCCAUCAAUUUCUUUGACUUUCCAACUUGGUAAUGAUCUAUCUUCUAGAACUGAAAGUUCUUGUAAACAAUGUAUCUCUCCUAAGGUAUUUUAGAUGUUGACAACCCUUAUUUAUACACUUUCCACUUCUGUUUGAUCUUUAUUUAAUCAAUUACUGUCUGCUGAUUGCUAUCCUUUAGUAUAGCAAAUGGAUGAAUGUCCUGACAUUGGAGAUAGUUCUUUUUGGAAAAUUUUUCUUCAUUUUCUCUGUUUCCAUCUUGGAUGUCUUAUGAAAUACUUUCUUUUAACAAUUUUCUGAAAUUCCUCCCAGAUAUUUGUUUUUCUUGACUUUGCUAUCUCUUCUUGGGAAUACCUACCACUUGCAAUGAUAUCAUUCCAGUUUGAUUUCUUCAGUGUCAGUGUUUGACAGUCCCUUUCCACAUUCCUUCAAACAUCAGCUUCUUUUACUUCAUUCCACAGUUGCUCUGGUUUUCUAUUAAGGUGCAGACCUUCAGAGCAAUUCCUGAUGUUGCCCCUUGAAAACAAUGGGUAUAUGCUCAAAAUCAUAUCAGGGAAACUGGUUGACUUUGUUCUUCCACUUUAGUUUGAUUUGAAAUCUACAUAUAGUUUGUGAUCUGUUCCACAAUCAGACUUUGGCCCAUUUUUGCAUUCUAUAACCUAUCUCUUCUACUUCCUUAUACCAAUAAUAUACUCAAUUUGUUGUCAGUGUGCUCAUAUAAACGUAUAAUCCUUAUUGUGAUUGUUUGAAGAAUGUGUCAGCAAUGAAGAAAUUAUUGGAUUGGCAGAAAUGGAUAAGUGGUUCUGCUUCAUUUCUCUUCCCUAGGCCAUGUAGUCCAACUACAUUUUCUUCCUUAUUGUUUCCAGCUUUGGCAUUUCAGUCAGCAACCACAAGCAACACAUCUUGUUUGGACAUUAUGUCAAUUUUGGGUUGAAUUUGGCUAUAGAACUCCAACGUCGUCGUCGUCUUCUUCUUCUUCUGCAUCAAUGGAACUUGAAUAUCCAUAUUAUAUCGCCUGCAGAAUCUAAUUCAAAGGUGUCAAACUGCUGGCCUGUGAGCCGGCUGCAUCAUAUGGAAGCCGCGCCCACCUCAGCUCCGCCAAUGCAAAAAAAGUCACAAUACGUCGCGACACAUCACAAGACGCGGUGAGUUUGACACCCGUGAUCUAAUUGAUAUCAAGUCAUCAAGCACUGUCUUUACUACAUCCUUCCUGACUAUGAAAGCAACACUUUCCACUUAGUGGAAUUAUUCAUUGUCCUGGAUAAUAAACAGUAUGAUUUUCCAACUGAAAGUGCCCAAUUUCCAGUCCAUUUCAAUUUCCUGAUGCCAAAGAUGUUAAUGCAUAGUUUAUACUUUGUAUCUUUUAUUGUGUUUAAACUUCCCAUAAUCAUGUUUUUAAGUUCCAUGUUCCCUCCCUAAUUUUGUCUUUGCAGCCUUUGAAUUUUUUUCUUGAAUGGCAAUAUCACUAGAUUUUCAGAAAACUUUAAUUGCAUCAUAAAUAUCAUUAGUACUCCAAAAGGUCCUCAGCUUUUCUUCAGUAGCAUAUAAAUUAUUGAUUGAUAGUAAUGAAUAGCUUUUGAUGCUGAUGUAUAUAUAUCUUGAUACUUCUGACCUAAACAAAAGAAAGUCCACUUAGAAGGGAUACAGUUAUUUUACCAUUUUAAUGACAAUGGGGCAGGCAACUAUUUAAGAAAUUUUAAAAUACAUAUAUAAAAUAUUUUUAUAUGGUUCUGUACAAUAAUUCUUUAUAUUUCAUAAGCAUAGCAUGCAAAUAUAAGAUAUAGUAACACGCUUAACUGUACUGUAUCUUUCAGACAACAUUAAAGUUGCAUCUAUCAGAUGCUUUCAUUAGCAUUGCAACUAAAAUGCUGGUAACUAGGCAAAAAGCAUGGGAUACUUUUUAUUAUUUUAUUGAGAGCUUUCUCUGUUUUUAGAAUAUAUGUGUGUAAUCUUGUUUCCAAACAUUAUCACAUAUGAGGCUGGAAGGAUACUAAUGCUUGUAUUCUUGUCAAGAAAGGUUUUGUAGUCUUCAAAAGAAACUCAAAUGAUAAAGCAAAUAAACUUUGAAAAUACUGCA